UAUAUUGCACGUCACUAGGUCUUCGUACUGUCCAAUCAAGCAGCGGAUGUUGCGCGACAGGACACCGAAGCCUGCAGCUUCCACUCAUCAUGGCCGCGCGUGAGGAACAGGGAACCCAGUCCCAGGACUGACUGGAUCGAGUCAAGCUUCAUCCAUCGGUCGUCUUAGACCAUGAUUCAGAAUAAACUUUAUCAACUGGUCCGGCCACGAUGGACCGCGAGAUACGUCGUCGUCGCCGUUUGUCUCCUCUACUUCCUAUUCUGUCACCUCACCAACAUGCCGCUUCUCAGCAGCAAAUUGCCCGAGUACUCCGGGCCCUAUGCCGUCGGCACCGUCGACAUCGAAGUGCCCUGCGAGAAGCGGCGGUCCAGUGAGGUCGUGCUCCGAGACACUGGCGUGCAUCCCUUCGAGGUCGAUACCGUCCUGUUCUCGCUCUUCUAUCCCGCCGUGAAGGAGGUCAAGACGCGACGCCGGCGUCAUCCUUGGGUGGAGAAGCCACUCUCGUUUACCGCCGAAGGAUACGCCCGGUUCGCGAAAUGCAACAACUUCCUCACCAAUCGGAUCUUCCAAGUCGCCCUCUGGGCACUUGCCGGUUCGACCACCUUCCCCGCCAAUGUCGAUGCUCCUCUGGUCUACGAGCGGUCGGAGUCGCAGAAAGAGGAAGUGAAGGAUGGGCCGCAGGCAUCCAGGUUCCCCGUCAUCAUAUUCUCACACGGCAUGGCAUCAUCGAGGACAAGCUAUACACAGCUCUGUGGUGAGCUAGCUUCACGAGGGUAUAUUGUGGUUGCCGUCGAGCAUCGAGAUGGAUCGGGGCCAGGAUCGUUCGUCAUGCACAAUGGCUCCAAGCGGAAAGUGUUUCCUAUCAGUCCCGAGCAGCUGGAUCCCACACCAGACGUCAGCGCGUACAAGAUCAUGCAAUUGGCGAUGAGGGAGGCUGAGAUCGAGGAAGCUGUCCGCGUUCUACACAAGAUCAACGAUGGCCAGGGCUUGGAAAUCCACAAGAGCAACGCGCGCCGAGAAGGAGCAGACCUACACGCAUGGCAGGACAGACUCGACAUGGAGCAGGUCAUCAUCGCUGGCCACUCGUUCGGCGCGACGCUCGCCAUGCAGACCCUCAAGGCCGCCCCCUCCCCCGCGCGGCCCUUCAUCGGCGCCAUCGCGCUCGACCCGGGCAAGCAUUCCGGCCCGCUGAACGACGACAUCUCGGUGCCGAUCCUGAUCAUCAACUCGGAGUCCUGGUCGAAGAAGUUCACCAUCUUCCACGGCCGCCCGCACUUCUCCACGGUCAAAUCGAUCGCCGAACAGGUCAACGCGGGCGCGGGCGCGGGCGCGGCCAGGCGCGCCGCCUGGUUCGCCACCUCCAAAGGCACCACGCACCCCUCGCCUACCGACGCCCCGCUCAUCGAACCCUUUCUGCUCUCCUGGACCACCGGCUCGACCAUCGAUGCGCGGGAGGGCGUGCUGCAGUACGUCGACGUCACGCUCGACUUCAUCCACUACCUGCAGACCGGCCGGCGGAGGAACGUCCUCGGCGAAGACGUCACGCACCCGGAAUACGACCAGGACGCGCGGAGCGAAGAGCGCAUCGCCGCCAUGAAGGACGCGGUCGGGAAGUACUGGCAGAUCCACGCCGCUCCGUCCAGCUCCAUUUCUUCUCCCGAGUGAAAAUCAACACUCCUGCGGUAAUAUUUUCUCUCCUCUUCUUUUUUGGGGGCGAGGACGAAACCGUCCCAGGUCCGCAUCCCGUCUUACAUUUCGUAACCUUCCUAUUUUUUUCUUCUCUUUUGCUAGAUCGUGACCCUUUUUGCUUUCCUUGGAUUUUGGGAUGGUGAGCGAUCACAUCUGGUUUUUCUUUUCUUGUUCUCUUCCUCGCUUCGAGGUGUUUCUGGACAAUACAUGUAUAUGACCGCUAAUGACACAUGGACAAACUUUCUUACUGUCAUGACUCCACGUGCCUUCUUUGACCGUGCGAUUCGCGACGUCGAGGUUGCUCGUGAAAUGACACGGAGCCGGCCAUCUCACUGGGGAGCCGACCGGUCGACGGGAUACUCUACGGAAGUCACGCGGCAGCUCAUCAGGCCCAUCCAUCAAGCGAACGCG